AUGGUGCCGGAAACCCGGGACGGGAGCUGGGGCCGUUGGCCCGGCCACGGCCCCCCUCCCCGACCUACCCAACACUGGCCCUGCCACCUCCACGUUCCGAUUAAGGAAUUCAGUAGAAGCUACAUGCCGCCUACCAUCCCCAGUCCUCUGUUCCUACAGCGGCUCUUUCAAGAACUGACUGGAGUCACCAUCCACCAGAUGCUGCUCCAACCCUACCCUGAACGAGUGCAAGAAAUAGACCUCUCCCCGACCAUCCAGGCUCCUUAGGAAAAGAAACCUCUUCAGAACCCCCCCGUCGACCCUUGUCAGCAGGAAGUAGCCAGAGAGACAACCGACGCCCCUGACCCCCUCUUUUUCUUUUCUUUAAGGAGUCGGGAAUGUUUGGAAAACUCUGCCCCUACCGCAAACGCUCUCUCUCUCUCUCUCUCUUUCCCUCCCCCACAAAGAGGCUCCCUUAUCUCUCACUUUACAUACCGGCCCUAGCCCUCAUGCUGCCCAGCUUCCCGCUGCCCAGCUUCCCGCCCAGCAGUUCAAACUGAC